GAAAGAGAUCUUUCAUUUUCAAACUACACUCACAGAAAUGACUAAAGAUGAAGAUUUUAAGCUCCUCAAGAUCCAGACUUGUGUGCUCAGAGUGAACCUACACUGUGAUGGGUGUAAGCAGAAAGUUAAGAAACUGCUUCAGAGGAUUGAAGGUGUUUACCAAGUAAAAAUAGAGGCAGAGCAACAGAAAGUCACAGUUUCAGGAACUGUAGACUCUGCAACUUUGAUCAAGAAACUGGUUAGAGCUGGUAAGCAUGCUGAGCUUUGGUCUCACAAAAACAACCAAAACCAAAAACAGAAAUCCAACUCAAUCAGAGAUGACAAAAACAACAACAACAACAACAACAACAACAAAACCCAAAAACAAGGUCUGGUUAAAGGCCUUGAAGCUUUCAAGAACCAGCAAAAGUUCCCUACAUUAUUCAGCUCGGAAGAUGAUGAGUAUUUGGAUGAUGAGGAAGAAGAUGAUGAAGAAGAUGAGCUAAGGUUUCUCAGAGCGAAAGCAAACCAACUGAGUCUGCUCAGGCAACAACAACAGGCCAUGGAAGCAAUGAAUGCGAGGAAAGGUGUGGGGUCUAUUGCUGCAAAUUCUAACAAUGGUAAUAAGAUGAACAACGGUGGUGGAAAGAAAGGGAAUCCAAAUCAGAACAUGGGAAUUGAUCAGAAAACAUUGGCAGCAUUGAAGAUGAACAAUGUCCAUUUGGGUGGAGGAGGGAAUGUGAAUGCAGGGGAGGCUAAAAAGGCAAGUGACAUCAAUGCUAUGAUGAGUCUUGCUGGUUUUCAUGGAAAUGGAGGAGGCAAUUCCAAUGGAAUGGGAGGGUUUCAAGUCCAGCCAAACAAUGGAUUCCAAGGGGGAGCUUCUUCUUUCCCAACUGGUGGUUUAGCAGCUGGUCAUCAUCAAACCCCAUUAAUGAUAAACAUGAGUGGGCAUAAUCAGCAGCACAACGACAACUCAUCCUCAUCAUCAAUGUUGAUGAACUUGCAGAACAGGCAUGCCAUGCAACAACCCCAGAUGAUGUACCAAAGGUCUCCUUACAUUCCUCCUACCACUGCUUAUUACUAUAAUAAUCAUAAUAACUAUGGCCCACCAUUAGUCUCAUACACCCCCACCACCUCCUACACCACUGACCCCAAUUAUUACCCUAAUGCUAAUGAUCAUCACUCUGCUACUCAAAUGUUCAGUGAUGACAACAUCAGUAGCUGUUCAGUUAUGUAAUGGCAAAUAUGAGAGAGACAGAGAGGGGUCAUAACUUGUAGUAAGUAGUGAAGUGGGUGGGUUUUGACAGUGUUGUGUAGUGUGUGGGUUUUAUUGUGAAGUUGUUGAAUUGAUACUUCUUUUAUUAGAUCAGUCGUGUCUUUGUUUCAGA